AUGGUGGCCCCCCAGGAUGCAGAUGAGAUACGACUGGCAACCAUGUAUAAUGCACUUGCGUGCCCUGACCCCGGCAACAACCCUUUUCACCUUGGUCUUCUACGUAGAAUCGGCGACAUGGAGGAGGAGGAGCAAACAUAUAAGGAGAAGCUGUCUGCACACUCCUGGCUUUUUUCUGAUCAAACUUCUGGAGCUACGAAUGCGCUGCCACCAAAGAAGAAGAAAGUUGGUUUUGCUGAGAAAGUAGCCAAGUCUCGCAUUGGUGCGGACAUUUGUGCGCAGUUUAUGAGUGGCCGAUGCAAUUACGGUUCGCGAUGUCGGUAUAUUCAUCCUGACAAGACGGCAGCCUUGCAGAAUGCUAUUGCCGCCACUCAGUACAUGAUGUCGCAAGAGUUGGAAGGUGAUUCGAAAUCUGUUAAGAGCUUUGCCUCGUCCAUCGGUGCUGGUUCCAGGGUGAGGCUACAGAGCAGAUUGCGUCCCGUCAACUUUUCGUUGAAGCAACGAGAGCUUAUUCCUGCCGGUGAAAAGCCAAGGGAUAUUGACUCAAAUAGCGAUACAGAUGAUGAUUAUAAACUAGAGGCUGCAUGGAGACGAGCCGUGUGGAUGUUGUGUGGGUCUGUUAUGGCGUGCAGCGUUGUAGUGGCUGUGAUCUACUGA